UAAGAGAGAGAGAGAGAAAAAAAAAAAAAGAGGCAAGCACUAUAUAAAAGAAACCCCUUGAGAGUUCUAAAAUUCAUACCAAAACCUCAUUGGUAAGGAUACUUACCUGCGUGGCAUCUGAUCUACAGAAAUGGACCCAGAAUCAACCUCAGUUUAUUUGGAUUAUUAUGAUGCUACAAGACCAAACCCUGAUAUCAAGGAGACCCACUCCUAUGUUCCUUACACAUCUAUCUUCCUUUCCAUCUUCUACACAGCUGUGUUCCUGACUGGAGUAUUGGGAAAUCUCAUCCUCAUUGCUGCACUGCAUUUCAAACGUGGCAGCCGAAGAUUGAUCGACAUCUUUAUCAUCAACCUGGCUACCUCUGACUUCAUUUUCCUUGUCACAUUGCCUCUCUGGGUGGAUAAGGAAGCAUCUCUAGGAUUGUGGAGGACAGGUUCUUUCCUGUGCAAAGGCAGCUCUUACAUGAUCUCAGUCAACAUGCACUGCAGUGUCUUCUUGCUCACUUGCAUGAGUAUUGACCGCUACUUGGCCAUCAUGUGCCCAGCUGUAUCCAGGAAACUCAGAAGGAGAGACUGUGCAUAUGGAGUCUGUGCCAGUGUCUGGUUUAUGUCCUGUCUCCUUGGACUGCCUACUCUUCUGUCCAGGGAGCUGACACUGAUUAAUGAUAAGCCAUACUGUGCAGAGAAGAGGGCAACUUCAAUAAAACUGACAUGGGCUCUGGUAGCCUUGAUUCUCACCUUUUUUGUUCCCUUACUGAGCAUUGUAACCUGCUACUGCUGCAUCACAAGGAAGCUGUGUGUUCAUUACCAGCAGUCAGGAAAGCAUAACAAAAAACUGAGGAAAUCAAUAAAGGUCAUCUUUAUUGUAGUGGCAGCCUUUGUCUUCUCCUGGUUGCCCUUUAAUACCUUCAAGCUCCUAUCCAUUGUUUCAGGGUUGCAGCAGGAAUUCCAGUUUUCCUCCACCAUUCUUCAUCUGGGCAUGGAGGUGAGUGGGCCCUUGGCAUUUGCCAACAGCUGUGUCAACCCUUUCAUUUACUACAUCUUUGACAGCUACAUUCACCGGGCCAUUGUGCGCUGCUUGUGUCCUUGCCUGAAGAACUAUGACUUUGGGAGCAGCACUGAGACAUCAGAUAGUCACCUCACUAAGGCUCUUUCCAACUUCAUUCAUGCAGAGGAGGUUGCUCGACGAAGGAAGAGGUCUGUGUCACUCUAAAAGGAGCUGCAACAUUUCAAGCUCUGUUGGUACUCUUAGGGAAUUAGUUGGUUUUGUCAUUGUUGUUGUUAUUGUUUUCAGAAAAAAAAAAGAAGUAUUAAGGACAAGAAAGAGUCAGUUUUCAAAAGCAGCACUGAAUAGUCCCUGUAUUGUGGGUAUAAUUAGGCCAUGUGCUGUAUUUUUAGAUGAGAGCCCUUAUUUGAUCCUUGUCAAUCAGGCAAAACACACUGCCCAGUUGCUAUCUUCAUGAUUGUCAAUAUACUUCAGGCUUUUUCUCUCAAGAACCAUGUUACCUUCUUCCACAGCACGAUUCAUACAUUCUGCUCAUUUAAGUCUGGUGAGAAAUGUGGUGGCAAUACCAAUAACAAAAAAUAUAAU